AUGUCCGACCUUCACAUGUCACAUAUCACCAAAUGGUUUACCAGCUCGCCUCCAGCAGAAUGGGCCAUUAAGAACCUGCGACAGCUUUUGAUAGGAGCUCUGCGCCAGGGGCCGAUCCCUCGCCAUGUCGCCUUCGAAAUGGACGGCAAUAGGCGGUAUGCCCGAAGCCACAAGAUUGAGACUGUAGCAGGACAUCAUAUGGGGUUUGAGGCUUUGGCGCGCGUCCUUGAAAUAUGCUACAAUUGUGGCGUCAAGGUUGUCACAGUCUAUGCGUUUAGUAUCGAAAACUUCAAUCGUCCCAAAUAUGAGGUGGAGGGUCUUAUGCAAAUGGCCAAGUACAAGCUGGAGCAGCUUCUUGAGCAUGGCGAGGUGCUCGACCGCUACGGCGCUCGAGUUAUCAUUUCGGGCCAGCGAGAUUUAAUUCCGCCGGAUGUGCUUGGAUUCGUAGACCGGGCUGUCAAUGAGACGAAGCACAAUAAGGGUCAUAUCCUUAACAUUUGCUUCCCAUAUACGUCCCGAGAAGAGAUCACCCAAGCCAUACGAUCAACCGCCGUCGAAUACUCGAGCCACACUCGCCCACAGAACAGUGCCUUUUCCCAGACGCGCAUCAAGCAAAAGAUCCUUUCGAAACAUGCGGGAAACAAGGAGGCGGCACUUGGUUCCAUCCAAGAGUCUCCGUCUCCUGAAGAUGUAGAUUGUUCCGUGUCAUCGGGCACAACAUUGCCCCCGGGCACACCUCCAUCACCAGAAUCAGCCAACCAGGAUGUACCAAGAGCUUUCAAGAACCCCGAGACUAUCACAGCAGAGACGCUCAACAACCACAUGUACACUGCAGAGUGCCCGCCAUUGGAUCUUUUCAUACGAACUAGCGGCGUGGAGAGACUCAGCGACUUUAUGCUCUGGCAGUGUCAUCAAGACACCCAGAUCUUUUUCCUCAAGUGUCUCUGGCCUGAUUUUGACUUGUGGAAGCUCUGGUGCUCUUAUCUUAUCAACCACAAAACAGGUGACGUUGCGCACGGGUUUUCAGGAUUUCUCAUUGGUGGGGACUACGGGGCGACUCCACUCUGCUCCAGUGCGACGGGGAGGAAGCAAAGGACGGAUCUGUGUGAUUCCUACCAGCCUCCGCCGCAAGUAUCCCACUGCUUCGCGCCUCUGCUCAAUUUAUCACCACGAGCUAUCCCAUUCGUGGGCAUGAAGACUGCAAGACCUGCCCCGGCCGCAUCUGCGGCGUCAGACACACCGUCGGGUCGCCGCCAGCCAGUUCGACAAACACGUACGCACGGCUCCCGGAACACAAGCGGUGCCGCACGGCCGGCUGGUCAGAGAGACAGUGGCGCCAGCACCGGUCUUGGUCGCGAACAGCCCGUCGAUAUAUUCCCCGGAAUUACGCAUUUUGCCGACACUAUCACGGCCCUGCCUAAGGAGCUUGUCCGGCACUUCACGCUGCUCAAGGAAGUCGACGCUAAAAUCCACGCGCCUCAGCAAGCUCUUUUUGCCGCCGCCGAGAAAACCUUGAACGCACCUCCAUAUGACAGAUUGCAGCCGCACUUCGGGCAUACUGGUGAUUUCGCCUCUGACUCGACUGCACCUAAUGGCGUCGCAUCCAGUACACACCAAGCAGUUGCGACCCCGUCCGGCCACGGCCUAGCGAACUCGGCACAAUCCGAGGCGGAUAGUUUCGAACGGCGAAAAUUAUGGCGCGAGACUGGUCUCAAGAUACAAGAGAUGCUACUAUCGUUGGACGAGAAGAACCACGUUAUUUCUACUGCGGUCGACGCUUUGAACAAACAGCUCAGCAGAAUUGACAGUGUUUGGCCGCAUCUCAUGGAAGAGUUCAGUGACGAGGCAAAGUGGGGAAGCAAUACACAUUGGGCAUAUCCCGAAAACAAGGCAGACAAGGCUGGCCGUGCUCUGAAUGCCCAGGCUGAAAGAUCCCGCCGCGAGGGUGCUGCCAGCCUUUCAGCCGCAGCCCAGCAAAUUGCAGAGGAGGCUGCUGCUAGAAGCGAUGCUCGGAAGCAGGCCGUGGCAGCCAAAAAAGAGAAGAGCAAUAAAGCCCAGGCAGCCCAUGAUUCAGACGCGGAAGACCAGGAUCCCAAAUCAAGACCAGAGUCGACUAGGAAGCCUGCAACAAGCAGCAAAAGCAGAAAGCCAGCGGCCACGGCGGCAGUGGCUACUGCUGCUGUGACGGAGUCUCCAACGCCGGUUGGCUUGGGCAUUGCGAACGCUUCGCCUGCAGUCAACAACUCAACCUCUAAGCGGCGCAAGGUUGAAAAGCCGAACAACACCAAUGGCGGGGCGCCGAUGGAGCGUGCAAUGAGUAGCGUAUACGGAAAUAGCACCGCCAAGCCGAAGAUAACUAGUCCUCGUGAGACACCGGCACCGGAAGGUCCUACCAAGAAGCGCAAGGCGCUGCCAACAGCAGGCAAUCAGUCCAAGAAAAGUAGAAACGGUGUUACGAACUCUCCCUCGGCUGCCUCCUCUCCCGUAAUCAGUAAUUUUCCAGAGCCAGUUGUGAAAGCAGCUCGGAACUCGCCAGUUCCUAUUCCAACUCCCGUCACCCGAGCACCUACGACAUCACGCGCGAAGGUUGUACCACAAAAUAAUAGUGACAACGGGCGUCAAAGACCCCCUUCUUCGGCCUCGAAUAAGCCCAAUGGGAUAACGACUACGCCUAUCGAACCUCCAGUACACACCAACGGGGUCCGAGUAUCAACCGAACCAAAGCCUGCCCGUGAGACCCCAGUGGUUGCACCAAUCCCUAAAGUGGAAAGCCAGAAACCUGAAGUUGUUAUCGAAUCAACAACCGCAAUUCCACCGCCGAUAAUACCACCACAGCAACCAAAAAAGGAACCAGUAACCAAACCGAACGAUACCUCGCGUCAAGGCUCAAAAGAAACCACACCCUCGGCACACGGAGCGAAUACAACACCAGCUGCCCCAACGGUAACUACAAAGAGUGGACGCGCCAGUAAACCAUCAACGCCUGCUUUGGGUAACUUUCCGGACAACGUGCGUGCUCGGCCGUCACGGACUUCAGGGGCGGGGAAUGCAACAACCAAGCGGAGUCACAAGAAGGGCGCGGCAGCUGCGGCAAAGGCAAAUGCGGCAGCUCAAGCUCCCACAAAAGCAGGCAGUGACAUGGCUGCGGGGUCUAAGGAGGACGACGACGAUGACGACGAGGUUGAGAUCACAUAUUGCUAUUGUGAUCAACCCAGUUACGGCGAAAUGAUAGCAUGCGACAAUCGAGAUUGCGCGUAUGAGUGGUUUCAUCUUCCUUGCGUGGGUCUCAAGGCCGCGCCCAAGGGUAGUGUGAAAUGGUAUUGCAAAUAUUGCAAGAGGAAUAUGGGAAUUCCGGAUGACGAACAUGUUGGUGUCUAG